AAGCGAGACCUGUCACAGCUGGGAAGUGGAGUAAAUGGCAGAAGAGAUCAGAACAGACAGAUUGGGAGAGCAGCCUUAGAAUAAGCAUUUACUUUCUCUCUUCUCCCUGCAUUCCCUGUUAGACAUGGUGUCAUGAGACUUCCUGAAAGUAUCCUUCUGAAGCUCUGCUCUGGUGCAUGACCCACACAAACAAACAGAAAAGGCAGAACAGGGGAAAAAAAAAAGCUUCAAGAGUGCAGUUUCCUCUGACGGUGUCCAGAGUGGUGGAGAGGAUAAACAUCAUGGCCUGCUAGCAACACGCAGAGCAAGAUGGACAGGCAAUAGCAGAGAGUUUCUCCAGGGGCACAGUGUUGGUCCGUUAUGACAAGCUGCCGUGCAGAAGAUGACCACAUUUUCUGCGACUGAUAUCAGUGAUGUUGGUCAUGGGGAGAGUCUGGGCUGUGUCAGUGAGGAGGGCUCUUCUGCAGCAGAAGUGAAACAUGAGGUUCAUGCUUCUCCCAGUCAGCCAGCUUCAUUCUCCAGUUCUCCUAAUGAACUGAGUGACUCGCUGCCCAUGGAACCCAACGACAUCAAGCUGGAUCCUUCCACCCACACACCUGCUCCAGAAGGCCAGCCAGUGAAGAGGAAGAAAGGCCCCGCCCCCAAGAUGCUGGGGAACGAGGUGUGCAGCGUGUGUGGAGACAAGGCCUCCGGCUUCCACUACAACGUGCUGAGCUGCGAAGGCUGCAAGGGCUUCUUCCGCCGCAGCGUGAUCAAGGGCGCGCAGUACAUGUGCAAGAGCUCGGGUCGCUGCGAGAUGGACAUGUACAUGCGCCGCAAGUGCCAGCAGUGCCGCCUGCGCAAGUGCCGCGAGGCGGGCAUGCUGGAGCAGUGUGUCCUCUCGGAGGAGCAGAUCCGGCUAAAGAAGAUGAAGAAGCAGCACGAGGAAGAGGUGGCUCGUAGCUCAUCGGUGGCCACCCCCAGCCCAGUGCCUGAAGCCGCCCCACUGGCCCCUGAGCAGCAGGAGAUGAUCGAGAAGCUUGUGGCCAUGCAGAAGCAGUGCAACAAACGCUCCUUCAUUGACCGCCUUAAAGUCACUCCGUGGCCCCAGAGCCAGGACCCGAUGAACCGCGAGGUGCGGCAGCAACGCUUUGCCCACUUCACCGAGCUGGCCAUCAUGUCGGUGCAGGAGAUUGUCGACUUUGCCAAGCAGCUGCCUGGGUUCUUAGAGCUGACCCGUGAGGACCAGAUUGCCCUGCUGAAGACCUCCACCAUAGAGAUCAUGCUGCUAGAAACGUCUCGGCGGUACAACCCAUCGAUAGAGAGCAUCACUUUCCUCACUCCUGACUUCAGCUACAAUAAGGAUGACUUUGCCAAAGCAGGCCUGCAGUUUGAGUUCAUCAAUCCCAUCUUUGAGUUCUCCAAGGGCAUGAACGACCUGCACCUGGACGAGGCCGAGUAUGCCCUGCUUAUCGCCAUCAACAUCUUCUCUGCAGACCGACCCAAUGUGCAGGAUCAUGAUUUAGUGGAGAAGCUACAACAGCCAUAUGUAGAUGCUCUGCACUCGUACAUCAGGAUAAAGAGACCCAAUGAUCACCUGAUGUUCCCACGCAUGCUGAUGAAGCUGGUGAGUCUGCGCACGCUCAGCAGCGUACACUCGGAGCAAGUCUUCGCCCUCCGUCUGCAGGACAAGAAACUCCCUCCUCUGCUCUCCGAAAUCUGGGAUGUCCACGAGUGAGCCCCUAUUUCCACCCCCCCGGGGCAGAGUCAUACAGGAUCAGGACAGUAUGGCUGAAGGGAGUGAGGGAGGGGCACAGGUUCAUGAUGGCCAAGCGCAUAACCUCUUUAACUGUUUCUUGAGGAGCCUGGUUUCAUCUUCCUCUUUUGCUUAUGUUUUGUACUCUCCUGUGAAAGAUACAGUGGUCAGUGGUCUGCUUUUUCAGACUGAGCUCUCUAUAGACUGCAUGGCCAGAAGGCUAAGGGACAGCUUAUGGCCAGAUCUGGGUAAAUUGCAUUGGCAGUACUGGUGUCUCUGGUGUUGGACCUCUGAGAUAUAGAUAUUCUGGGCCCAGUAUCUUGCUCACUGGAAUAAUUACUACAAAUGUCUUGUUCAAGAUGGUUCUGGGUUUUUUGUUUGUUUGUUUUUGUUUGUUUGUUUUUUCCCCUCUUUUUUUUUUUUUGUGUUCAGUGUACUAAAAGCUCUGAGCAGGUCUUGGUGAUAUUUCCUAGUCUUCACUGAAACGUUUCAUUGUGGUUUUCUGAUGAGGAAUGGAUUUGUUUUUGCAUUUUGCUUUUUUCAGUGGCCACAUUUCAACUGUCAAAACCCGGAGCUAAUUGACUCCAGAACCAAAGGGUUGUGAUCCAGACACCCAAGUUUACUGUGCAUUGUCCCUUAUUGGCUCUAUGCUGACUCAGAUCUGGGAUGGUUGUUAUGCCCACACCACCUUAACAAGGUGGAGAGUCACAGCAUAGAGUUUUUCUCCGCGCUCCGGGAAUCCUUCAUCCCUGCACUUUGGGACCAAACACCUGUCAUUUCAAACAUGGCCAGGGAGUGGCGCUCUUACGCCCAUUUUAAUUUUAGCACUGGCUGUUAAGCCUAUUUUCACUCUGCACUGUUUUUGAUCUGACCUAAAUGUUGACAUGAGCCCCUGGCAUUUUGAGGAACUUGGGUGAUUGUUCAGAAGCACAGUGGAAGUUUUUUUUUAAAUUAUUAUUGAAUUUCAAAGCAAGGUAUCAUCCAAAGGUUUUUCAUGUUGUGUGGUGCGGAAGCUGUUGUGAGUUUAUAGGUUGUAUAAUUGUAAAAGGGGCAAUCAGGGAAAUUCUUUUCCAAACAUUCUAAUCUGGGCCAGUUGGUUUCCAGUUAUGGUAAAAAUGUGACAGAAGUGUGAGGAUUCUGAACUGGCUGAUUGGUUGGGUAUGCAAGAGAGCGUCUUCCGAUUUGUGUUCCUGCUUAAUGAAGUCCUGUGUGUAGAACUUUCAUAGCUCCUCCUCUAUUUCAUGACCGAACAGAAGAAGCAAGCAUAGAUAUGUUGACUAUUGCUACAUACAAUCGCAUGUUUGCAGUCUGUGAGUGAAGGAGAUGGUGAACAAAAGGCAAUCCGCUUCAUACAAAAAUCCAGUGAGUGACUUACAGGGAUUGGCAGGAAUCACUGGACCUGUCAACAUAAACCAGUAUGCUGCUCAUCUUAGAAAAACUACUGUAGGGCUGCCAUGAAAAUAGGUGUCAGUUCAAUGGAUCACUAAAAUAAGUCUGACUUUGUCCCUUUUUAGUUUACAUCAGCUGUAUCCAUUUACUUUAAAAAUAGAUUAACUUAAUCAUUUCUUCCAUCAUAAAACCUCAGUGUCCUGUCUCUGGUGGUAGUUGGAUGCAACAGUACACACACAAACAAAAAUGUACAGUAUAGUGGGUCUUCCAAUCCAGGGGUUAGACAUAAAAUUGUUGUUAAAUGAGUUUUUCAGUGCCGUCAUGUGGUGGUUUUUUUUAUCCCCCCCCCCCCAUUCUUCUUCUAAUUUUUUUCUAUGUGUCAUAGUGUCUGUUGAAGCCUAUGCUGACAGUUUUAUUUAUACCCUCCGCGUUCCCCUGUCAACUAUUGUUCUGUACACCUGCCUUACAACUUCAGCAGGGUGGGUAGGUUUUUGUCAUCCACUUUGUCAUUCUAAUGUCCCCGGUUCAGUUCUGCUCUUGUGAUAUUUCAAGAAUGGAAUUGAUGGACUUUAAUCAACACGGUGUUUUUACAUUACGGCCCUGUAAUGAUUCCUGAAGGCCCCUUUGAAUUGGGUGAGGAGGCUUUGCCAGUCCCCCAAAGCACCAAUAAAAUAUAGGCUAGAGACUAAUGUCGAGUGUCUACUGUACAGUGGUAGUAUUAGAGUAAUAGAAAGCACUUUAAAGUGUGGAGAACUUGAUCUUGGGGCUGAUGCAGAUCUGUCCUACGUGACCAUGUAAUUCAAGACUAUUUUGGCUGCUAUAAUAUGCUGUAAUAUAAUUGGAUACUUCAACUAAUAAAUAUUAUUUUGCCUCUGUGAAAACAAGUCAUAUUGUACAAUUUGAUGUCCCAAUCUGGAGUCACUGUAGCUGUCAUUUUCACCUAGUUCGGACUAAAUGGAACACACAAUUGUCGCUAAGGUUGUACUGUUUGAUCAUUUGAUCUCUUAUAGCACUACAUUUAGCUUGACAGUUGCAUUGUUUCUGGCUGGGGUGAAAAAUGUAAUCAAAUAUGAAUAAAAUGAUGUGUAUACACCAUUAUGGUAAAUUGCCCAGUUGAGCCCUUGCAAUGAAAAAACCCUACAUAUCCAUAUACUGUUGUUCUUCAUUCUACAAAAUAAAAACAAUAAUAUAAAACAUUAUUGCAAGUUUUAUUUUUAAAUUGCCCAUAUGAGUGAUGUAAGUUAGGUCUAAAUGAAGUAUAUUUAGCAUUUUAAUUGUAUAGGUUGUACAAAAUCAAAAAUUGAUUACACAUAAAGGGGAAAUGGCUGAUAUAUGGUUUUCAUUGCAAGGGUUCAGUUGUAUACUGUACAAGUGAAUUUGUAUGACCUGUUGAUCUAACACCUGCCACGUUCAGCCCAUGUACGUUGGUUAUUAUAGCAUGUUCUGGCCCCACAGAUGGGACAUGUGAUUUAGUGAGUGGUAGAAAUUUACACCAUACAUCAAAUCAGCAUGCAAUUGCAGUGUCAAUUUGCAUUUUUUCUUCAUUAAUAAAUGGGCUGGCUUUUAACAAUGUUAACAUACCAGGUGAUCAUUUUAAUACAGAGUUGACUGUAAUUAUAAUUUAUUUUUUAUUUCCUGUUGGGUGAACAUUUAAUCUUAAUUAAUCUGACCUCCUGUGAUGUGGUAUCAAGCAGUGGUGACAGAAAUGCAACGUAAGUUUUGACGCCUUAAGUCCUUGGAUAAACUGCUUUAUAUGUAUAAAUUAAAAUCUGACAAAUUUUAUUGUUCUGGCAGAGUUUAUAUAUUUGUUUGUUGAAAAAUAUGUAGAUGACUAAGCACCUCAGCUAUUCUUUAUACAGAAAUAUAUUGACCUGAAACAUUGAACUUCUCAUUCUGUCUUUUUAUUCUUCUGCAGUUUAAUAGGUUGAGUUUACCUUGUAAAUAAACUUACUGAAAAUCA